AAAAUCUGGGGCAAUUUCAGGAAUAAUAAUUAUUAAUUAUUAUAUUGUUAUAAAAAAUUGUUAUUGUCGGCAGGAUUAUUUCAGGAGAUUAAAUGCGAUAGCUAUAUUUAGUCAGGAUUACCAAAAGUUUUUGGAAUUUUUCUCUUGAUUUCUGUUAUUAAUUAAUAAAAUUAAUAAUUAUAAAUAAAAAUUUACACGCGUGCUCAUUUCCACGAGUGGAAUAAGUGGGAGAGUCGGUGUUUGCAGGCGAUAAAAUGACGUUGGUAGACUCUUUUGAAUUCAGUUGCCUGUGGUUAUCCACACUGGAAUAAUCCUCUGUGAUAUCAGUUGUGGUGAUCGGUUCUGGUGAAAUCAGGGGUCAUUAACCUGGAGAAAUUAUCAUAACGUGGUGAUUUUAAAUCAUAAGUGGAUAAUGUCGAGUGUCUGUCAUGCGCCGAUGCCUCCGAGGAUCGAAGCUUUUACCACUAGACUGUGUUUGAGGGCCGUGGACCAAUAUGAAAAAUUAUUCCAGAAUAAUUUUAAGCUGAAUAAGAGCCAUCGAGGGCAAAGGGUGAAGCAGAAUGAUCCAUCACCGAAUCGUCAGGAGAGAAAAGAAACUAGGGAUGCUGGUGGUAAUUGCAUCAGUGGAUUUCGUCAGUGGAGGAAAAACGAGUGCACAAUCAUCGGUAAUGCAACACCAAGUUCAUCUAAUCAACUCGCUAAUUCACGUGCCAAGAUGGAACUGUUUCCAGUCGUUCUCUCGGACACGACAAUGCCUGAGGAGGAUUUGUCGUUGAAAUUUCUUGCACUCAAUGCAUUAGAUCUGACGGCUCCAGCCAGCGAUAUCCUCCUGAAGAACCGCCUGAAGUCGUGGUUCCAGCUCUCAGGUCAUCCAGACGGUUUUGCUCCAGCUGGCCCAGGGACUGUCUGGAAACGACGGACAGGAGGUGCAGAAAAUACCGAGCGAACGGUUUAUGAGACCCUUUCCAAGGACUCCCAGAUGAGUAGUUACGUCCCCAGGUACUACCGCGAGGUCGACUACAAGGGUGAUACCUUCAUUGAACUCCAGGAUCUCCUCUUCGGCUUCAACGAUCCCCAUGUGAUGGAUAUUAAGCUGGGGACGAGAACAUUCCUCGAGUCGGAGGUGUCGAAGACGACGGAGAGGUCUGACCUCUACGAGAAAAUGAUAUCGGUGGAUCCCAGUGCACCGACUUGCGACGAGCACAGGAAUAAAUCCGUCACCAAGCUCAGGUAUAUGCAAUUCAGGGAGCAGCAGAGCUCGACCUGCAGUCAUGGAUUCAGAAUCGAGGCCAUGAAACUUCCUGGGGGACCACCAAUCACCAAUCUCAAGACUGUCAAGACGCAUACUGCCGUCUUCGAGACCAUGAGGCUCUUCCUCGGGGACAGGCGGCACGUCUGCGAGAUGCUCCUGGAAAAACUCAGGGAUCUCAGGGCUAGACUCGAGGCAUCCACGUACUUCCAGACCCACGAGGUAAUUGGCAGCAGUAUUUUCAUGAUCUAUGACGAUAAAAAUGUCGGUGUCUGGCUGAUUGAUUUUGCCAAGACUUACCAAGUGCCUGAGGGUAAACGACUGAAUCACAGGAUACCCUGGCAACAGGGAAAUCACGAGGAGGGAUUUCUUCUGGGUCUUGACAAUCUCAUCCUGACGAUCGAAGAGAUCGAGUCAAGUGACGGAUGAUUAAUCACUUCUGCCGGAACAAUUCCUGAGUCAUCGAGUCCACCGAAUUCAAUGAGGAAAAUUGUUAAUAAUUAUUAGUCAAUGAAUUACGUACAAGAAAUUAUUGUUCUUUGUAGAUUGAAUUUUUCUACGAUAAUUUUAUUUGAUCUUGAUAGAUGCCAAAAAUUCUACUGCUUUUUUAUGGAUUAUUUUAGCAUAAGACUUGUACAAAGGCUGCCUAGUGAUAAAAAGUAUUAUGAAUUUUUAUAACACAUGCAUCGGGAGGUUUAUUUAUUUAAUAACCCAGAGGAUAUUUAUAAAUUAA